AUGGACGACAACGAGAGCUGCUGUAGUUGGGCAAUGGAUACGGAUCCCGUGCUUCGCCGGCGUCAUAAGCUUGAUAUCUACCACGAGGUGUUACGCCGCCUCAGGAACUGCGAGGACGCGGGACUCCCUGGCUUUGACGACGAGCUCUGGGUACAUUUCAACCGCCUUCCCAUCCGGUAAUCUAUUCCUCCCCCUCUCAACCUUCCCGGCUCAUCUUCCACCUUUUGUAUUUAUCUGCUGGUAAUUCAAUGAAAUGUUAGCAGGAAGGUAAUUUUAUGGCUUGGUUGACUUAUAGGUACGCGCUGGACGUCAACGUGGAGACGGCUGAAGACGUUUUGAUGCACAAAUGCUUAUUGCAGAUGGCGGCAGACUCAUCCAAGAGACCUGUGUUUCACGUUCGUCUUGUUCAGGUAGAACAACAGCCUACAGUUUCUUAAGGCUGACGUAUCAUCACCUUUCUCGAUACGAAAUAGUCUAAUUUACGGCGACUGCAUCAGGAUGCUAGUACAGUUCUUCAUCACUGUUAGGGUCUAACAAUCUGUGCCACCUUGGAGAGAUUUUGAUCUUGCAAUGAAUUCUGCUUGCUUCGGUAGUGAGCUACAAAUUUCACCAGUUAGUGAUGAGCUGAUGAGCUCUGUUUACAGAUUGCCUUACUCACCAGCUUUGACAUAUAAGGGCCAAAGAUGCCAUAAUCUGGUUGUAAAGCCUUCGGUAUUAUAAAUAUGCAUUACUUGUCAGUGAUUUAGUUGCAUGUGAAAGAAAUAACGAGGGUCAGUUUUUAUUCCAAUUCUGGAUUCCUUCAGAUAUUUAUGUCCUUGUCCAGUAGUAUGCAAAUCACUCUAGCUCCCCACAAAGAAAGGAAAAAAGAGAGUGAAAUGGUUUUGGUAGAUCGUCUCUCCCCUUUUUCAUUCUUAUUAUGUAAUUUUUCGUUUACAUUGUUGCUCAUUAUUUUCAUUUUCAGAUUCCCCUAAACUUUGUUGUGCAAUCCCAUAAAUUUCGAUUUUCUAUCGUACUUAGGUUCCCCCAGCGCAUGAUUCCCUUGAUUCUGAUCCCCAAGGCCAAGGAGUGCAAAACUGCUCCACCAAUUUGAGUGGCAGAAGGUAUCUAUCAUUAUCUUCUUACGUUUGAUGCUUGUUUCUCUAUGUUUUUGGUGAUAUUUUUAUGUGUUGAUGAGCUGACAUCAAUUUUAUUCUGCUGAAUUAAUUAAUUCUUCAGCAUUCAUCCGCCCCCUGCUUUUGGUUCAUCUUCUAAUCUUGAGGCACUUGCUCUUGAAGGCAACAGAACAUGUGUUCAAGGUGUUCAUAGUACUGAAAGUGCUAAUUUUCACUGCCCAAGGUACUUUUUCGCUCUUUGGAAAAUUUUAUCCUGGUUUGCUACAUGCCGUGAAGAUGUUUGUAGCAACUCUGCUUUAUAUUGAUAUUGUUUUUAUGCACUAUUGUUCCAGCUUAUUCGAUCAUCCUCUAGACUAUCCUUUUAACUAGGCCAAGUGAAGGGCGUCAUGUCAGCCCUGGUUAUCAGCUCUUACUCUGGCCCCAUUAUAGACGGUGAAGCCAAGACUACAUCUCUAGACGACGUUCAUUUAAUCCUGGUCAAGAUUUUAAAUACAGACUACAUCUAUAAGCCAGCAAGUGCGAAUAUGUGGUUGAGAGAUUUUGCUAUGCAUUGUUUACCAGGGUCAUCAAGCCCCAAAAAUUUCACUUCUUACCUCUCUAAUUCAUCCUAAUAUAAUGUCAUUUCUUGUCACUACCAUCACCCUGAUCCUCGUUGUUCUACCUGUAAGUAUAUUUUAGAGAGGGCUAGCCAUUAGGUUCCUUCUGCUGGGCGUCCCCUGAUACAUGAAACUAUGAAAUCCAAUAACUAGCACUUUAGUCACCUAUUGCGGUAUCAAAAUUAUGUGUGGGCAUAAGACACCUUGGAAUGAUAUUGACGUUAUGACAGGAAAUGGAUGUGGAUAUAAUGCAUAUAUUUUUUAUAUGUAAACUACGUUUCUGGAAACAAUUCAUGGAAAAGCUUAAAGUUUGGUUGCAUGUCGUGCACAAGUGAUCCAUCCAUAUAUAAUUAGCUGCACUGCUUCGCAUCAUUCCUUCUUAUACUGUACUUCAUCUGAAACUUCUUUUCUAUAGAAAAAUUUCUGGAAUUUAAUUUUAUUUAUAAUUUUAAGGGUUUUUUUUUUCCUGAGCUGGAGUGACAUCCCAUUAGUUAUCAUAUUUUAGAUGGUUGAUUCGGGCCUGUUGUUUGAUGGGGUAGGCACAUGCAUGAGAUUACUUUUGCUGCAUAUGACAAGCCGAGGCUUCUCAGUCAGGUAAUUACUUCUUACCACAGGUAACCGAGCAAAAGGUCGCAGAGAUCACAUAAGCACAUUGUUUCUCUAAAAUAUGUACUCUAUCAGAUAUUUCACAUGCCCAAUCGUCCAACUUCCAGUUUCGUCUUUAUUUUCAUUUUAGCUUGAGCUGAUUGCUUGCCAUGGAAAUAAUCAUGCAAUGUUUUUCCAUUUGUCAGUAAAAUAGGAGAGACAAAUCUGAACUUGUUUGAAAUGAAAAUGUCAUGUACAGUUGACUUGUCUACUAGCUGAACUCGGCCUAAACAUCCAAGAAGCCCAUGCUUUCUCUACAAAUGAUGGAUACUCGCUGGAUGUUUUUGUGGUUGAAGGGUGGCCAUAUGAGGUAUUCUUGCUUUCUUUGGCGUUAUACUGAGAACCAAGCAUUUGUCAUGUUCCUUCAGAUGUUUUUUCUAUGAGUCUUUUUAUCUUAGACAUCCUUUGGAAAUAUGUGCUAUGAUCGGAUACACUAGCACGAACUUAUUGCAUGGUCAAAACAUUUUUUUUUAUUCCGUACUGAUUUCUUUCCUUCGUAAGCUCUUGAAAACGUAAAAAUGCAAUUCUGUAGUGUAGCUCUGUGUCGUAUGGCUUCGCCAAGGACGGUGCAUUUUUAUUUAUGUUCAGAGCUUAUUGGCAUUCUAAUAAAAAGGCAAUUUUUCAGUUUGAUUAUAAUAAAAGAUUAUGAUACAUUAUCAAUAAAUAAAAGAAUGAAAUAUGUUAGUGAUAUAUAGUACUUGCCUUUUGUUGAAAUCAUAUGGUUGAUUAUAUAGAUCCAUUGAACUUCUUUCAAUUUUGUUCGAACCACAGAUGAGAAAUAUAUCUCUUGGCUUUUGUCUCUUUGACUGUAACUUGGUAGCCAUUUGGUUUGCAGUUUUUUUAUGAUGUCGGAUUACAGUAUCUGUUGAUUGUGUGAAGCAAUAAUAUGGUAGAUCCAGUCAGGGUUCUCUGUGUCCCCUGGCUUGAUCUCUGUGACUGUAACUUGAUAGUCUCUUGGUUUGAAGGUUUUUGAUAUUACCGAAUGACACUGUUGGAAAUGGAGAAAAAACUUCUGGCGACAUAGCCAGCUAUGGUAAUUGAUGUGAUGUCGGACCUCAGUUCUCAAAAGAGGCGAGGGCCAACAACCCUCCCAUGGAUCGAGUGAGAUUGAGACGAAUGAACUUGUGGACGAGCUGGAUGGUGAAAGGCAUUCCAAUGAAGGUAGGGGAGAACAGACAGGACCAGACAACAUGGACUGUGGAAAACUUUGGUCGCCGGACUAGGGAAGACAUCAGAUUGAUGCAGAGCAGAGGGAGACAAACUGAGGAAGAUGACACUAAACUAAGACAAGGGUGACAAGGGUGGAUAAGAGAGGUUGAUGUCACCUCUCAUAAAACGCUGAUGAAGAUGGAAACAACAAUAAAAGACCUAGAUAUUUCAGCCGCUAGACGUAAGGUUUUAUGUCAAAUGAUAGAUGAAGAUCAUGGUAGAAGAAAGGGGACAGAGCAAGAUCAGUGCUCUCUCGUCGUAGAACUCCCUUGCUGCCAGAGGACCUCGCCGGAAGAGGGGAUGAGAAUGGACUCGCCGCCCUAGACUAGAGGACUGACGGAAGUAGAACCGCUCUGAAUGUCAGAAAGAAAACCUGCUCGAAAUGGCAGGAUAUCACGCCUACAGACGGCGGAAAGAUAUCACGCCUCCAAUGCCGCAAUAAGUGCAUCAAGAUGACGCCAGAACGGAACUCGGCAGAGGCGGAAGACCUCGCCGGAAAGAUACUCGCCAGAGGCAGAAUACCUCGCCGGAAAGGUACUCCGCAGAGGCGGAAGGCUUCGCCGGACAAAAGAGGGGUCUGAAACCCUAAUCUGUAACCUGUUUGUCGCCAGAUGCCAGAGAUGGUGACAUCGAUGCUCCCCGAGACAAAAAGCGCCAGGCAGAACGAACCCGCUCUGAUACCAUCCAUGUUGGAAAUGGAGAAAAAACCUUGUCACAAAGGACAGGAGAAAACUGCGGAAACCGCCUCAAGAUUCACUCAACUGUAACCCCUAUUAUGUAGGGAGUAACAAUACUCAACUUUUGCAAAAACACCCUCAGCUAAUUACAUAAUUUUCUUACGACCUAGAAUUUCCAACAGACACUAUCUGUUGAUUGUAUGACGCAGCUGUAUGGUAGAUCCGGUCAGGGUUCGUUGAGUUUUCUGACUCAGAUGCCAGUCAUAGUGAGUCAAUCUGGCUGGUUCUAACUCUCACUGUCUUUGUUCAACUCCUCUUUAAAUAUGCGAUUCAGUGUAUCCAAAUGUGUAUAAGGACGUGGACAAUCGGAAAAUCAUUCUUUUCAUUCGGGUUAUGAUUCAUUGCUGCCGUUUCUACCUUCCUAGUAACUUCCCAAACGUGUGAAAUCAGUCAGAAAGCUGAACUCAACUACAUGGGCAAGUAAGAGGGCAACCCAGGGUACAAGUUUUCUUUUUUCUGUUUGAUCGACGCAUAGAGUCUCAAGGGUUCCAUUUGUUUUUAUGUUUACUAUAAUUUAGGGCUUCUUUUUUUUUUUUUUGAGUCCGUGUCAAUUUACUUUCUUUGCAUAUAAUGGUCAAGUUAUCUACUUGUGAAAUGUCUUCAGGAAUCUGAACGGCUUAGACAUGCAAUCCAAAAAGGAGUUCACAAGUUUGAGGUUAGUCUUUUUAUUCACUUUUCUUUCAUUGUCCAUGAUGAUAACAUGGAUUUUCUUUAAUAGUUGGCAAGAAAGAGUAACGUGGAAUUGUUUAAAAGGGUAUAAAAUUUGAAGUAUGAUAAAUGUGUUAGAUCUCAUGCUGUCAGUGAAUUUUUUUAUAUUAUUUUUAUGUGAGAUGGGUUUUUCUUUCUAAAUUUCAAUCUCAUUAAUGUCUUGCAUCCAAACAAAGGAAUUUUUUGGCCAUAGACUAGUUGCUUCUUUUGGUUCAUUUAUAACUUUAUAGUUUCAUUAAUUGUCGUAUACUUAUGGAUAACUAGUUUGUUAUGCACAAUUCCUUUGUGUUGCAGAAGGAAGUCCCGCCAAUUUCUUAUUUGCUCCUCCCUACAAUACAAGAUGAGCAGAUCAGUGAGGAACCAUCACCUGACCAUGUCCAGAUACCUACAGAUGGGACUGAUGAGUGGGAAGUUGAUGUCAAACUAUUAAAAUUUGGAAGAAAAUUGGCAUCUGGAUCUUACGGUGACCUGUAAAUUCCUGGUAUCGAAUUUAUUAAUAUCCAAUUUUUAGUGUUUUUUUUUUCUCAAGAUUGAUUUCCUUUCCAGGUAUAGAGGGACUUACUGCAAUCAGGAUGUAACGAUUAAAGUAUUGAACCCAGAGCAUUUAACUGCAGAAAUGCAGAGGGAAUUUGCUCAGGAAGUAUACAUUAUGAGGUUUGAUCCAGAAGCUUGAAGUCUUGUUUCUAUCUGGUUAACUCCGAUUGACUCGUGUAUCUUGCUAGAAAAAAUAAAAUGGAAACCACUCGAACAAAUGAUAAUAUAAUAAUAACACGGUGCAGUUCCGUAGAAGCAGCCUAACUAUGUUUCUUCUCAGUAGGUAGUCCACGCCCUUGUUGAGUUAUCUAAUAUAGACUCAUGCAAAAAAAACAAUUAACGGAUUUAGGCAGUAUUCUUAAUGAAAGAAUGUUCUAACAACUGAGUGAAGAAGUAUUUCUUUCAGCUUGGCUGGCCAGCCUCUUUUUCUUCAUGUUAGUGUCAUUUUUUUUCUGUGCUGUAGUUUUUGAUUCACUGGGAAAUUCAAUCAUUUUCAGGACAGCACUUUUGUUAAUAAUUCUUCAUCAUCUUCUUUUUAAUCCUGUUUUGGCAAUUUAUGAGGUACUCGUUCUUCAGGGUUCUAGGCAGGAUAUUAACUCUGUGAUUUCUAAUCUAGGAAAGUUCGCCACAAGAAUGUUGUGCAGUUCAUUGGAGCAUGCACCAGGUUCCCAAAUAUGUUGAUUGUUACAGGUACCAAGGGCAGACUUCUCUGACAAUUAAUUCACCCUUAUGAAUAUAUCCAUUAGAGGUGUGAUUAUUUUUGACCCAUGUGAUUCAUUUUUAUUUUUUUUUCCUCAGAAUUUAUGUCUGGGGGGAGUUUACACGAUUUUCUUCAUAAAGAAAAUGGCAUGUUUAAGCUACCCGUCUUACUCAGAGUAGCACUUGAUAUUUCCAAGGGAAUGAAUUACCUGCACCAGAGUAACAUUAUCCACAGGGAUCUAAAGAGCGCGAAUCUUCUAAUGGAUGAAAAUGAGGUAAAACACUCCUUGGUUGUCAUUGUGCCAUCUUUUUUCAUCGUUGAUAAUACGCGCGCUGCACUUGUGCUGUAUUCGAUCUUAGCUGCUUUACUAGAUACUGUUCUAAGAAAUUUUGAUGUCUUUGAUUUGCUAUCAGAGACAUCAUUUUAUUUAGUUGAUAUCGUAUUCAUGAUUUCAUCAUCAUAUCCUUGCUAUAUGCUUUUAUGACAAGCAUAUAUCAUAUAGAACUUUUUUCUGUAAAUAUUUCUGAUUUUUUUUUUUCCAUAGUUGCUGCGUGCUGAAAAAUUUCGCAGAUUCCAGUUUCUUAUUUCCCUCGUCUUCAAUUCAUUUCUACAAGAUUUCAUCCUUCUACUGCCCUUCUCUGCGCCAGGUUGUCAAGGUCGCUGACUUUGGAGUUGCCAGAGUCAAAGCGGAGCCUGGAGUCAUGACCUCAGAAACCGGAACGUACCGUUGGAUGGCUCCAGAGGUAGUAGUCUAAGCAAUUUCUAAUCCGCCCAGUGUUGGGUUGACUUCCGAGAUAGAGACUUCUUUAUCAUCAUCAUCAUGCCUCUCUUGAAGGUCAUAGAGCACAGACCAUAUGAUCAGAAAGCCGACGUAUUCAGCUUUGGAAUCGUGCUCUGGGAGCUUCUGACAGGGAAGGUCUGUCUUCACUUCUGCCUUGUUCUUUCUUCCAAACCCGGCCACUACUCCCCUGAAGUUGGGCCUCGGUUCUGAUGACUCCCCAGCUUCCUUACGAGAAUCUGACGCCCCUGCAAGCGGCAGUAGGCGUGGUUCAAAAGGUGCGCCGUUUCUUACCGCCAGCCAUUGAUCCCCAUGACCGGUGAUUUCUUAUGGGGCAUCGGAUGAUGUGAAACCAGGGUCUGAGGCCCUCCAUCCCGGAGAGCACUCACCCCAGGCUGGCGGCGCUGCUCGAGCGAUGCUGGCACCAGGACCCGAGCGAGAGGCCUGAGUUCUCUGAAAUCUUAGACGCUCUGCGGCUCAUUGCCGGAGAGGUAUAUAUGCAUGGAUCGUGCAAUCUACUUACUGCCCAUGAGAGACCCAGCUCUGGGUGCGCACUGUUUCUCAUGGUCUUGUGUGUUCUUGGUCUGUUGCUUGAUAGGUUGGGGAUGAGAAGCCGGCCGGCGGCUUUCUGGCGUCUCUCCUACGUGGCUACUGA